AUGGCGGUCAAGAAGCUCUUGUCUACAGAGCAGAUCUCUCAGCACAGUUCACCCGAUGACUGCUGGAUUGUUGUGGACAAUCAAGUAUGGGACAUGACAGAUUUCUUAGAAGAGCAUCCAGGAGGCCCAACAGAUGACCGUUCCAACUCUACAGUUAUCCUGAAGCACGCGGGUCAUGAUGCUACCAAAGCAUACUCAGAGGUGCAUGCCUCGAAUUUAAUCAAGACGAAGCUGUCAGCAGAGAGGCAUAUGGGUGUUCUAGAUGAGGCCACGAUUAACGAUGAAUGGCUGAAGCCACCACCUACUGCAAGCCCGCAGAUGGUUCCUCAAAAUGAAAAGCCACCGUUGCACACCUUGAUCAACUCCCAUGAUUUCGAAGUGGUGGCAUCUUCAACGGCCAGCAAAAAGACCUGGGCGUUCUAUUCCAGCGCCUCGACUGACCUGAUAACGCGAAACGCCAACAAAUCGUGCUUUGACCGCAUCUGGCUUCGGCCACGAGUACUGAGGAAUGUGCGGUCUGUCAACACGAGAACCAAGUUCCUUGGACUUGAGACGAGCCUCCCACUAUUUGUUAGUCCGGCGGCCAUGGCCAAGCUCAUUCACCCAGACGGAGAGCUUGCCAUUGCGAGGGCCUGCGAGAGCAAAAAGGUCUUUCAGGGAGUGUCUAACAACUCAUCGUAUACUCUCGAGGAGAUUCAAGAGGCUGCGCCAUCAGCGCCCCUUUUCUUCCAACUAUACGUUAACCGCGACCGGGAGAAGUCAGCUUCGCUUCUCCAUCAAUGCUCCGCCAAUCCGAACGUCAAGGGCAUCUUUGUGACCGUCGACGCUGCCUGGCCCGGUAAAAGGGAGGCGGAUGAGCGUGUCAAGGCGGACGAGGAUCUAACCGUUCCCAUGGCACCUUCGAAAGCGAAGAAUGACAAGAAGGGCGGCGGUCUCGGUCGUGUCAUGGCCGGUUUCAUUGAUCCAGGUCUGACGUGGGAGGACUUGGCAUGGGUGCGGCAGCACACUCACCUGCCCGUGUGUCUGAAAGGCGUCAUGUCUGCCGAUGAUGCUAUUCUGGCCAUGGAGGCCGGCCUUGAUGGGAUUCUUCUGAGCAAUCACGGAGGCCGGAACUUGGACACCAGCCCACCGUCCAUCAUUACUCUACUCGAACUCCACAAGCGGUGUCCGGAGAUCUUCGACAAGAUGGAAAUCUACGUUGACAGUGGCAUUCGUCGCGGAACGGAUAUUCUCAAGGCGAUCUGUCUGGGAGCAAUUGCCGUGGGCAUGGGGCGGAGCAUGCUCUUCGCCGCUAAUUAUGGCCAGGACGGCGUUGAGCAUUUGAUUGAUAUCAUGAAGGAUGAGCUCGAGACAGCAAUGCGCAACGUUGGAAUUACUAGCCUGGAUGAAGCAGGCCCACAUCUCGUCAACACAGCAGACAUCGACCAUCUCGUCCCCAAUUCUGCCUCCCACCCGUAUGCACGUAAAGUUGCAAAAGGGCGACGCUCGAGACUAUGA